UCUUCCCCGUCCACUUCUUUCGUAAGCUUUGGGCCACUUCCUACAUAGCCGAUCAAAUGGAUUUCCAUAGGGUGUGCUGCUGAUUACAGUUCUCAUUGUAACAACCCACAGAAGGAUGGAAUAACUAUGCCACCCAUCGAAAAUGGAUCAUGUGGAAAAGCUUUCUCAAAGAACUUCUGAAGGGCAAUGCAGUCUGUGAAUCAGCUCUAUCUUCUCCUGUAUUGAAAAAUGCACAGGGUUGAAAUCUGAAACACUGAAAAUCAACAUUAAUAUUUACAAGCAAAAAUAAGAGAAUGCAAAGGUGUGAAGAAGACAUUCUCGUGUAUCUUUGGCUUGAGAAUGGUCACAUGUCAAGGAUUACUGAUUCUUCUGUUUCUUGAAGCUGCCUUUGCAAGUCCCUGUCCACACUACUGUACAUGCUCUCCACCAGGAAACAGUCCACUAAAAUUGAACUGUAGUUUCAUGGGAAUGAUGGUACUUCCACUUUUACCAAGUCAAACACAAGAGUUAUACCUCCAGGGCAACAGACUAGAAACAAUACCCGCAGGAGCAUUUGACCAUCUUCAGGUGCUGAAGAUCAUCAAUCUAUCUAGAAAUCCAUGGCAUUGUGACUGUGGAAUUUUGUAUCUGAAAAACUGGUUGGAAGAUCAAAUGGGAAGCUUACUUUCUAAAGAUGUGAGGUGCUUUUCUCCUCCUUCACUUCGCAAAAAAAUUAUAUCUGAGCUCAAGAGGAAUGAACUGCCAUCUUGUUACACUUCCCGAACACUUUGUUCUGAUUUCUUGUUCAGUGAUGCAUUCCUCUUCUUUCUUAUGUUCAUUCCUUUUAUUAUCAUUUGUUUCUUGAUAACAAAAAGGACUAAAUUUAAAGUGGAUGUUUAUGACAAGAAUUCAACAGACCUCAGGAUAUUGCCUGCGAUUUCUGAUCAGCUGAAAAGAAGAAAGGAAGAAGACCACCAAGCCAUUCACCAUUGCUUGUGACUACUGUGCAUUGGGUUGCAAAACAAAAAGAAAGGUCAAACAAAUCAUUUGUUUAUCAUUAAAAGUCAAACGGUCAACUGAAAAGCAUGACUAUUUUUGAUUGUUCAUUUUAAAGAACAGAAACUCAUUAAGAAUAUCUACACUGAACAAAAAAAACCCCAUAAUAUGCAGCUUUUAAGGUAAAAUUCAAACCAAAGAAUUAGUAUUCUCAGUUUAAACAUGAUACUUUUGAUUUUCUAUAACAUGUUUCAAUGCAUCUGAUGAAAGCACCUCCUGCAAUCUGGAGUAUAAUUCAAGUCAAAGAUCAGGUGGGCAAUUAUAGCGCUCAAUUAAUAAAUCAGUAUCCUGAAUUAUUUAGCACCUGUUGACCUGGAUUCUGUCCUGGUUGUGGUCAUUACUAUUUGAUCCAUAAACAGUUGUUGGCAGCCAGAGUCCAGAUACUCCAGAUGCUGAUUAGGAUAUGCCACAAUUAUAAAUGCCUUAAAGACCUUCUAUUUACACUACUCUAUAGUGAGUCGUAUAUAUGGGGCUCCCUUUGUGUGUGUGUGUGUGUCUAUUAUCUAUGUCUUCUGCUAACUAUGUUUUUAAUAAUCUAUCAACAACACAAAAAAGUAGUUAGCAAUGGAUGUGGUUUCUUAUUGAGAUUACAUGGGAGAACUUGUUAUCAAGUUCAAAGAGCUGUGUUAGCUAAUUGUCUCUUUCUGAGCCCAGUUCAAGAUAAUUGUGCUGACCUUUCAGCCUCUAUAUAGUUUGAGAAAACCCUAUCCUAUUAACACUUCAUACCAACCUAUUUAUGUAUCUUCCAGAUCCCCCCACACCCAUUCUUGGGGGUAUAUGCAGACAAAUAACAUUUUUAGCUUUUGCACCCCAUCUGUGGAACUUCUUUCCCAAGGAUACUUACUUAGUGUCUAUCUUGCUAUACAUGGAAGUAUUUCAUGAAUAUUUUUGUAUUAUUCUGGACUUUUAAUGUACAGUAUUUAAAAAAAAUGUGCAAAUCCAUGUCUUCUGAUGUUUACUAUUCUUUAAUAUUUCCGUUGCAAGUUAUUGUUUUAAACUGCCUUUAAUCAUCUCAAAUUUGUUUGGGACACACAAAACAUAAAACACAGACAAGACCCCAGGGAUUAUGGUAACCAUUUUCUGAGAGCAGCUUAUUCUUCCCAUUUAUCCUAUCCCCAAAUUAUCUUCCCGAUUUACACGGGAAAGAGAUACACUAUUUAAUAUGCAUAAAACAAUGGCUUUCUUUCUUUUUCUUAUCAGACUAGAAACUGGAGGACCAUGAGUCCUUCCUUAGAUAUGAAAGCCAGCUAGGUGACUCUGGGUCAGUCACUCUCUCUCCA